UAUUUAUCGUAUAUCAUUAUAACAUUAUAUAUUUUACCAUAAAAUAUAAACAUACAUGUUAGUAGUAAUAGUAUGGAAGCAAAUUUAGACAUCUUUUAGACAACAGAAACGUAUUUAAUAAUUUUUAGUGAAAUUGAAUUGACUUAUUUUGAACUUAAUACAUUUUAUUAUCUAAGAAAUUGUAAUAUUUUGUUAAUAAUACAUAUAUUUAUGUAUACUUUAUAAAUUGUAUGAAAUAAUAAAUUCGUAAUAUAAUACACGUGUAUUUCGUGUAUAUAACCGUAUUUUCAUAUUUCAUAUAAUUAAUCAUAUAAAAAGUUUAGAUUACAACAUAAUAUAAAAUGACAUGUCGAGAAAUAUUAACUAUUCAAUUAGGCCAUUAUUCCAAUUUUAUUGGUGCUCAUUGGUGGAAUAUACAGGAAACUAAUUUCUCUUAUGAUCCUGAUAAUCCAUCAGAAAUAAAUAAUGAUGUAUUGUAUAGAGAGGGUGAAAAUUUAAAAAAACAAGUUACUUAUACUCCUAGAUUACUGCUUGUAGAUUUGAAAGGAGCAUUUGGAUAUUUGAAAGAACAAGGCUCUUUGUAUGAUACUCAAUCAAAAGAAGUUCAACAAUCUUUAUGGGAUGAUGAAAAAGUGGAGAUCUUGAAAGAAGAAACAAUUGAUAAACCUCAGUUUAUUAAAAGUUUAGAUGAACCAUCUACAACUUCAGAUUCAGCAUCAACAUCAUUUAAUUUAGAAAAUAAUACUGAUUCAUGGGUAGAUUAUCUAUUACCUAGAUUUCAUCCUAGAACAGUGAAUGUCAUUAAACAAUAUAGACACAAUGACACAAUGCAUCCAUUUAAUGUUUUUACUUAUGGAAGUAAUUUAUGGAAUACGGAACAAUUUUCAGAUGAUUUUUCAGAAAGAAUAAGAGCAUAUGUAGAAGAAUGUGAUUUAAUGCAAGGUUUUCAGGUAAUUCUAGAUUCUGUGGAUGGUUUUGCUGGAAUUGGAGCAUCAUGCAUACAAUAUUUAAGAGAUGAAUAUGGAAAAAGUAUAGUGUCAUUUCCAUGUAUGGACAGUAAAAAGUCUGAACCUUCCACAUCCAACAUGAUUAAGAUACUUAAUACAGCUUUGUGUUGGCAACAUUUAGGAGAACAUGCUUCAUUAUUUAGUCCACUUUGUUGUGCAGAAACUGCUUGGCCAAAAAUUGGAGAUCCACGAAUAUUCAACUAUUUAACAUAUAAUUCUGAACUAAAAUAUCAUAGCAGUGUACUUUUAGCAACUGCUUUGGAUACAUUAACUAUUAGAUAUAGACGAAAAGAAUAUCCAAACGUGGUUUUAUCCGAUUUGUGCGCAGAUCUUAAUAAAAUGGGUAGAAAAGCAGUCGCAACAAGUUUAACUUUACCAUUCCCAAUGAUUGCAAAAACAGAUUUAAUCGAUGUACUUGAUAAUUUUGAAGGACAUUUGUGGACAAGUUUGACACCAAAUUGUGAUAUAUCAAUGGAUAAAAAUAUGCAAAGCAUAGUAUUACGAGGAAUUUCUGAAGAAAGAUUAAAACGACCUAUUUCUUAUGCAAUGAAACAAAUAUCAAAACCAGCAUAUAGAUGUUCUACUGUACAUGAAAUGAUGAUGCUUUAUUUAUCAUGUAAUAGUCAUGCAUCAGCAACGUAUUUAUCAAAUAUUUCAUUACCAUUGAACAUAAAAUUUCCAUAUCCAAAGAUUUUUAAUAAUAAUAUUACUGAAACCGGAGAUGUUAUUGAUUGUCCUUGGAGAUUAUUAGCAGGAACAGAUGUACAAUCUGUUCCUGUUAUGGCUGGUUUACAUAGUGGAAAUAAUCUUGGUGCAAUGUAUGAGUCUUUACAUAAUCAGUUAAGUAAAAUAAAGAAUAUAAAGAAAUUUCAUGUAUUUACAGACUCUGGUUUGGAAGAAGAUGAAUUUAAUGAAUGUCUUAAUCAUUUGCUCGAUUGUAAAGAAAAUUACGAAGAUCAUUACAUUUAAAUAUUACUAAUUUUAUUCAUAUUACAUUA